AUGUCAGGCGAGGCAGCGUCGACGGUCUUUGUCGGGAGUAUUUCUCCGGGUGUGAGUGAUCGAUGGCUUGUUCAGCUGUUCCAGGCGUGUGGUGGCUAUCGCUCGUUUAAGCGCGUCAGCAAGGCAUUUGGAUUCGCUGAUUUUUCCACAUUGCGCGAUGCGCUGCGCGUCUUGGCCGUGUUGCAUGAUCUCGAGCUGCCGUGCAUGGGUACACAUAGGCAUGAGCCGCGGAAGAAGCUGAUUGUGCGAGCUGACGAGAAAACGAGUGCAUUUUUGGGUGAGUUUGAAAAGACGAUGGUGCGAACGGAAGCCGAUGCAAUGCAGGACGCCGCUGCGCGUGCGCGUGUCGACUAUGUGAUACGAGCCAUGUCGAAUCCGAACGCGGAAGCUGGUGAUGAGCCUGAGCGUUACGAGAUUCCGUCGCAUCUGAAAGACUUGUCUAUGAGUGAGAUUCCCGCCUACCGUCGAAAGCAGGUGCUAUCGGAGAUUGAAAAGUUUCGGCUUGGCGCGGUGGCCAGCGAUGCCGCCAGCCGACGACGAGAGCUGGAGCUGGAGCGCCAGCGAGCGGCUGUUUUGCAGGCACGCUCUAGUCCGUUGGCAGGCAAGGAGAGCACGCCGGAUACGCCUGGUGCGUCGAUGGACACGUCCGACGUGGCCGACGAUCCAGAGCAGGCCGAUGAGGCAGCUGAAAGGGAGCGUCAGCGUGCGGAGGAUGCGCGACGAGACGUGGAUGCGCGGCACGCAGAGCAAGCGUACGUGGAGCGCGAGAAGGCGCGUAUAGCCGCGUGGACGGAGCGCGCACCUGCUGACCAUGAUCCAUCGCGACGCACGAUGGAGGCAUGGAUCUCGCUGGACGAGGACCAAGAGCUGGCCGAGGAGCUGUUUUGGACAGACCGGCGACGGUGGACGCAGCUUCGCGCUGAGGCGCGACGGCGUGAAGACGAAGCAGACAGGGCGGAUCGCGAGGCCGAAGCGGCCGAGCAGUCCGACUCGAUGCGUCAAGCGGACGCGUUUCUCGCUUCGCUGGCGCCCAUGGCCCGCGGAUCGUCGGCCUGGCGUCCGUCCGGCGGUGGGGCGCCGAUCAAGCUGCAUGUGCAGCAUGGCGACGUGCCGCCCGGCGUGCAGCGCCGCCUGCAGCUGGAAGAAAAGAUACGCGCCGACCCAUCCAAGCGCGCGGAGCUGGUGGAUGCUCUCCCACGUGAUGAGCUAUGGCACACGACGCCUGCGUGGACGCGUAUUGAUCUUGCGCACGUGGCGCCGAUCAUCGACCGCGGCAUCGAAGAGAGCUUUGGUGAGCCUGUGCCUGAUCUUCUCGAGGCUGUGCUGGACAAGCUUCGUGAGCGUGCUAGUGCGCAGGACGUGGCCGAUGUGCUGGCGCCAGUGCUGGACGAGGACGAAGCGCCGGCGCUCGUGGAGCGAGUGUGGAGGUUUUUGGUAGCGACGUAG